AUAUAAAGAACAUUCGUUGUUGUAAACAUUCAAUAAAUAAAGAUGUGAUCUGUGCACUUUACUUUGUUUUUAAGCUUUGUGUUAUUAAUCGGAGUUAAGUCAAUGACUGAACCAUCGUGUGGAUGUCGAUCUGAAUUUGAAUACAAGGUUCUUGACAGGAUUAUCAAACUCGAGCAAAGGCAAGACCAACAAGAGACAGAAAGUCGGAGCCGUGAUAAUUCAAUUGCAGGCUUACAGAGUGCUAUACAGACGGAAAUCCACACUUCAUGCAAGGAUGGAUGGGUGGCUUUCGAUGGUUCCUGUUAUGUGUUUGGAGACAGCGACCUUGAUUUUGUAUCAGCAGAGCUUUACUGUCGACAAUAUGGAGGACAAUUAGUGCACGUGAAUUCAGCUGUAGAAAACGCGUUCCUGAAAGCCUUUUUGCUUAAACACCAUAAACAACAUUCGUGGAUCGGAAUUCAAGAUACGGAAGUAGAGGGGAUUUGGAAGCUCUUCGGCACCAACACACUGGCUCCGUUUACGGACUUCAGACCUGGGGACGGUGGUGAUCACGCCACCGAAGAUUGCGUUGUGUUUCAGAACAGCGCCACUAUGUUGUGGAUAGAUGUCCUCUGUGAAUCUCGAUAUAGACCUAUCUGUGAAAUUCCCGGAUUCAAGUGAUGUACGAAAGGAAGAACUGGGUGCUAUAUUUAUCCCAUUGAAUGGUCGAUAGUUCAACGUUGAAACAACGUCGAAGUACGGUCGACGAUUUAACGAUUUGAUUUUUCAACGUUGAAACCGCAACAUUGUUUUGAACGUUGAAAUCGCAACUUGUGUAUUCAUUUUUAUUACGCUCCUUUAAAUAAGUAUACACUUGAUUACAACAUUGCUUUAAGAAACAUGUAUUAAUUUUUAAAUAUUUCUAAUUGUUUAUGUGGUGUAUAAUUACUUUGAAUUAUAAAUUGUGUAUAUAAACCUA